AUGUCAUCCGAACCUCUCACUCUCCUAUCCGCAACCCCAUCGCCUUUUGCGCGAAUGAACCGCAUCGCCCUCCAACUGAAGGGCAUACCCUUCGAGCUCCAAAACGAAAUCCCAUGGGAAUCGCAGACGCAAACACCCAAAUACAACCCGCUCGAAAAGCUCCCCGUGCUGGUCUUCCCUGAAGGCGACGCCCGGCCCCCGGUCUACGAAAGCGCACACAUCCAAAGCUACAUUGUCGAGAAGUACGCCGACAAAGGCCCCAGACUCCUUCCCGGUGAUCUGGAUGGCAACCUGCAGGCCAAGCAGAUCGUCGUGCUCGGCGUAGGAUGCAUGGACGCCAUGGUGCUAUCGCGCUGGGAAGGGCGGCGCGAGAAAGAAGCGCAAUCGCAGAAAUGGAUUGAUCGUCAGAGCCGGAAGAUUGAAGGGGCGCUGCGGGCGUUCAACGACUACGUGGAGGCGGCGAAGAAGGAUGGCAGGGAGUUUGUUGUGGGUAUCGAGCUCACUAUCGCUGACAUUGCCAUCAUCUGCACGAUUGGCUUCAUUGACUUUGGCGAGGGGAGGCCUGGCUGGAGGGAUCAGUACCCAAUGUUGGCCGAGUACUUUGAUCAUCUGGAUGCACAGAAGGAGUUCAAGGAGACGAGGCCAGUCAUGUCUGAUUUGACAGAGAAGGUUGUCUAG